UCUUCGCCUCCUCCUCCUCCUCCUUUUCCUCCACCUUUACAGCCACAGAGGAAACUGGACCCGCAUUGCUCCGGCUGCUGGAAGUGGCUCCUGUCGCAUCAUUAGUGUGUCAUCCGGUCCAGGAGCGAAGAACCGAGCCUGGACAAGAACCAGAUUCCAGUAGUUACAUCAAUGGACGGCUCUGUUGGUUGAAAGCUGCUCGCUAAUGUAAGCUGACCCGACUCCGCUGCAACCAGACAGCAGUCAGUCCCAGCCAUGAAUAAAAAUCAGAGCAAGGAGAGUCUGAAGGACAAGUUUAAGGGGAUGCUUGGUCUGGGAACCCCCCGCCCACCGAGCAAACAGAGUGAAACCAGACCAUCGGAGGUCAUCAUUACGACUGACCUCAUCAAGGAGCUCCAACCAGACUGCGGUCUGAGCAACCGCGUUCGCAUGAUGAUCCACGUCUGUGAUCUUGCCAAAACAAAGAAAUUUGAGGAAAAUGCAGUGGAGGCUGUAUGGAAAGCUGUGGAGGACAUGUUGACUCCAGAUCAGCCUGCGGAGGCCAGACAUGCAGUCCUGCAGCUGUUGAGGGCCAUUAUACACGGACAGGGUGAGCGGCUCGGGCCUUUGAGAGCGUACUUUUUCAAUGUGAUCAGAGACUACCAACCGCGCAAUGAGGACGUCUCUGGUAGGCUGGAAGUCUUUAAGGCCCUGACGGAGAACGGAAAAGACAUCACGUACCUGGAAGAGGACAUAGCACGCUUUGUCCUCCUUUGGAUGGAGAUCGAUCUCUCCUCCGACUUUCUCCACGUUCUCGUAAAUCUGGUGAAGUUCAACAGCUGUUACCUGGACCAACAUGUUUCCAUCAUGGUCCAGAACAUCUGUCUCCUGUGCAACAGAACAACAUCCUCAACAGAUAUUGACGUGGCGCUACAAGUGCUGGAUGCAGUGGUGUGUUACAACUGCCUUCCCUCAGACUCUCUGACCGUCUUCAUCAUCACACUUUGUCGAACCGUCAACUUCAAGGAGUUUUGUGAAUCCUGCUGGAAGUUGAUGAGGAAGGUGUUGGGCACUCACCUCGGCCACAGUGCCAUUUACACCAUGUGCCGCAUAAUGGAGGAGAGCGUGUACAAGGAGGAUGCUCCGCUGUUGAGAGGAGCUGUGUUCUUUGUUGGGAUGGCACUGUGGGGCGCACACAGACUCCCUGCCCUCAAAAACACACCAACCCUUGUUUUACCAUCUUUCUACAAGGCCAUGUCGUGUGCCAAUGAGGUGGUGUCCUAUGAGAUCGUCCUCUCCAUCACCAGACUGAUCAAGAAGUACGGCAAAGAGCUGCAGGUGGUCACCUGGGACAUCCUGCUGGGAAUCAUAGAGCGACUGCUGCAACAGAUCCAGACAAUCGGCAGUGCGGAAUUGAAGUCCAUUGUGUACGAGCUGUUGACCAACGUGGAGGAGCUGUACGAGCAGAACGGUUACCACGGCUCCACGGAGAAGUUCUUCAGUCUGGUGGAGAAAUGUGCUGACAAGAGACCUGAUGCAUCAGUGCUGACCCUCAUCUCCUACAGAGCCCAGUCCAUCCAGCCAGCCAAGGACGGCUGGAUUCAGAGCCUACACCGCCUCAUGGAGAAAUUCUUCAGGAACGAGACUCGCAGCGUGAUAAGGAUCAAAGUGCUUCAUAUCCUCUCCUUCGUUCUCAGUACCAACCGACAGCUUUACGAGGAUGAGUUGAUUGAAAUGGUGGUGGUCCCCCAACUCAGUGUGAUCGCUGAAGAUCGGGACCUUGCUGUCCGAAAACAGGCCACCCAGCUCCUGGUGGACCUCGCCGAGGGUUGCAACACACACCACUUCACCAGCCUGCUGGACAUUAUUGAGCGGGUGGCCAGUCGCUCUCUGCUGUGCUCGGGGCCCCUUGAGGUUUCUGAGAGGGAGACCACACCAGAGUCUCCGGUGGAGGACGUCAGGACUGCUAUACUGGGCCUACUGGAAAUACUGCAGAGCAAGCUGUACAGCCUACCAGCCAGUCACGCCUGUCGUGUGUAUGAGUUGCUUAUCAGCCACCUGCAGCUUCACUACAAGAACAAGUACUAUUCACCUAUUGCUUCCAGCAUCAGACUACAGGUGUUUGACUUCUUCCUGAUGAUGCGAGCAGACUCUCUUCACCGUCUGGGAGUCCCCAACAAGGACAAAGCCAUCAGGUUUAGCCCUUAUUGCUACUGUGACACAGGGGAUCCAGAGAAGCGGGUGAGUGAAAAGAAGCCUGUAGGUCCAACAUCCCCUCCUGCCGGCAGCCCUGCUCCCCCCCCCACUGCUGCGCCUGCUUCAGGAUCAAUACGCUUGGCCUACCUGCCCUACGCGCCGGCCUUCAGCGUGCUCCUGCAGUGCCUCAAGAUGGAGACCGAUUGGAAGGUGUUGAAACUGGUUCUCGACAAGCUGCCUUGGACGCUGCAGUACAAAGUGCUGCUGCUCACCUCCCCUUGCAGCUUGGACCAGCUGUGCUCUACACUCUGCUGCAUGGUGACAGAUCGACUGAUCUCGGAGCGCUUGAAGAAGAUCCCAGAGGGGUUUUCUCGCACUGAUGUUCAUUUGGCGGUGGUUCCUGUUCUCACUGCGAUCACCUCCUACCAUAACUACCUGGAGCAGUUGAGACAGAGAGAACUGGUCCAGUGCCUCGAAACUGGCCUCAUUUACCGCUGUGCCAAGCAGUGUGUGGUGGCUCUUACGAUGUGCACGGUGGAGAUGCCUGACAUCAUGAUCAAGCUCCUCCCCGCUCUUAUCGUCAAGCUCACCCACAUUUCUGCAACCGUUGCCAUGGCAUCUCCCAUGCUCGAGUUCCUCUCCACUCUGGUUCGCCUGCCCCAUCUUUAUGCCAACUUUGUGGCUGAGCAGUAUGUCAGCGUGUUUGCCAUCUCUCUUCCCUACACUAACCCCUCCAAGUUCAACCAGUACAUCGUCUCUCUGGCCCAUCACGUGAUUGCCAUGUGGUUCAUACGCUGCAGACUCCCCUUCCGCAAGGACUUUGUUCAGUACAUCACGAAGGGGUUGCGUUCCAACGCCUUGCUGCCGUUUGAUGAUGGUCACGAGCCAAGUUCCUUUCGUGUCCGAAGCACCAGCCUCAAUGAAAGGCCCAAGAGUCUGCGGGCAGCGAAAGUGGCGAAGGCGGCAGCAGCGGUAGCCAAUAGCAGCAGCUCUCCAGUUAAAGAGCUGAGGGAUCUGUCAGCCAUGGAUGCAUUCCGCUCCCGCAGCAUCAGUGUCUCCGAACAUGCGGUCCGCAGGAUGCACACCUCCACCACCACCUGCAGUCUGGGCUCUGCGGAUGAAAACGCCGUGUCUCAGGCAGACGAGGGGCUAAAGACGGUCCACCUGGAGCUCACAGAGACCUGUCUGGACAUGAUGGCACGAUAUGUCUUUUCCAACUUCUCCGCCCUGCCCAAGAGAUCUCCCAUCGCCGAGUUCCUUCUGGCCGGGGGUCGCAGUAUGACCUGGCUUGUGGGCAACAAGCUGGUAACCAUAACAACCGGAGGAGGGGUCAGAACACAGGCGUUGCUGGGUCUGGACAUGGCUGAACGCCUGGGGGGAGGAGGGGAAAUGACAAGGUCGGAUCCGUCACUGCACACACGGAUCACCAAAGAAGCUCCAGCCAAACUGGAGUCUCAGUCGAGCCAACAGCACAACCGGGCCACACGCAUACGAGUCCGCUCCAUGUCAGGUGGCCACGCUCUUCGUGCCGGUCCUGCUCAGAGUCUCAGUCCUCUGGUCUCCCCGUCUGAGGGGGAGUUGGCUGCUCCACUCUCUGCCCCUUCUGCUUCCACCCUGGACGGUCUGGGUCCUCCCUCCUCCACCUCUGCUGCUCCAUCUACUCCUCCUCCUCUGAAAGACAACCCCAGCCUGGCGGAGUUUAUCCCCAUGCUCACGCAGGGCUGGGCAGAGAUCUUCAUUCGGAGACCUUCUGGAAACACAAGCUGGCUGAUGUGCCUGGAGAACCCCCCCAGUCCCUUCUCCUCUGAGCUCGGUAACAUGCCACUGCAGGAGCUCUCCACUGUGCUCAUGGCCAUGGAGGGAGUGAAGGAGCCUCCUACGCAGACAGCCAGCGCUCCAGCCAGCACCGCGGCGCCAGCCCCGGCCUCCGAGCCCCCGACCCAAACCCACGGCAGCACCGGAGGGAAGGCGAACCCGAUCCAACGCUCAAACACUGUGGGCAGCUCUCUGGCAUCUCUGGGUUUGGGCUCUGCCCCCCCGGGCCUUCCGGCCCCCGGCAGGUUGCACAGGAGCAUUUCCUGGGCAGACUCUGUGGUGGUGCUGCAGGAGGGGUCAGAGGUCGCCACACCACCCACGUCUGAUUGGCUAGAAAGUGAGGAGUUUGAGCCGAUGCCCUCUGAUCCCAUAUUCAUGUCUGCGGAAAAGUUCCCAAAGACCCCACCACCCGGGACGUUAAGCAGGUCCUCUUCAACCUCGAGUCAAGAUGAUGAUAAGUCAACGCUGGAGGAAGUAAGUGAGGGAGCGAUUCCAAUUGAUCAGCCCAUUCUGGGACCCUCCACCCCAGGCUGCCAAGAGCCCGAGCUUCCCUUCCAGCCCCACACUCAGUCCCAGGGUCAUGGACUCAAUAAGUCCAGCUCCUCUCCAGAGCUCCAGACCUUACCCGAAGCGUUCACCCAGGCUGCUCUCGAGUCGGAGACUGUGCCAGGAGAAGCAUCGUGGCCCAGACCAACUUCAGAUGGGAAGCCACAGAACCAGCAGCCCCAGAUUGAGAAGGAGAAGGUGGAGGGGAACGCAGGAGGUGACUGUAAUGACCCGGGAGGUCAAAGUCAAGGAAGUGAAGGCCCAGUUGUAGUGUCAUCUCAAAGUGGAGCAAGGAUGAAGUUGGAGUUUCCAACAGCGGCACAACCCGGACUCAUCUCCCCGAGCGGAGGCCACCGCCCCCGGGGUCAUACCAUCUCUGUAUCAGCUCCCUCUUCCAGGAGGGACAGGAGGACCGAAAGGGACUCGUACCACGUUAGACCUGGACCCAGCAACACAGAGAAGAUCUCUGGACUGAGCCCCAGCUUCGUGUUUCUCCAGCUGUACCACUCGCCUUUCUUUGGAAACGAAGCCAACAAGCCUCUGCUGCUGCCCAAAACUCAGGUGAUUGACCGCGCUGUGAAGGUCCUGGACCAGAUGCCUCCUUAUGACACCCAUAAGAUUGGUGUGGUCUUUGUAGGAGUUGGUCAGGUCAGCAAUGAGGUCGCCAUCCUGUCAAACGAGUACGGCUCGAACCGCUACGCUGCCUUUCUCACCGGCCUGGGCAAACUCAUCCAUCUGAAAGACUGUGACCCCGACCAGAUCUUCCUCGGAGGGCUCGACCAGUAUGGAGAUGACGGGGAGUUCACCUACUGCUGGCAUGAUGACAUCAUGCAAGCUAUCUUCCACAUAGCAACGCUGAUGCCAAACAAGGAGAGCGACAAGGGCUGUUGCAACAAGAAGCGUCACAUUGGCAACGAUUUUGUCAUGGUGGUGUACAAUGACUCUGGAGAAGAGUACAAACUCGGCACCAUUAAGGGUCAGUUUAACUUUGUUGAAGUCAUAAUAAAACCACUGGAUUAUGACUGCAACCUGGUCACCCUUCAGGGCCGCAAAGACUUGGAAGGAUUGAUUGACACAACGGUGUCAAAAAUUGUUUCAGACCGCAACCUUCCCCUCUUGGUCCGACAGAUGGCUUUGCAUGCAAAUAUGGCCUCUUUGGUCCACCAGUACCGAGCCAACCCCUCUGACGCCUAUGCGUCCAAGUGGCUGGCGAGGUUGAGGCACAUUAAAAGGAUUAGAACACGGGCCCAGGAAGACAUCCAGUCACGCUCGACACCUGGCAUUUCCUUAACCCAGGGACACACUCAGCAGAACAAGGCAUUUCAGCAGAGUAAUUCCCAAACUCAGGAAGGCCAAGGGCAGAGGAAAAGACUCGUUUCCACUGUGGACGAUUUUACCGAUUUUGUUUAGUUUAAUUUAUUGUCCUGGCAAACACAAAACAUCUGCCUUAAGAGCUGAGGGCAAAACAUGGAUUUUGAGACAAGGAUGUGUUUGUGAAAUAAAAAAAGUUGUAAUUGUA